CAAGGUGCGAUCUUCUUCUCUUUGUGAAGCGCUACUGCGGUACUGCCCCUAUCCCCACCGUCGUCCAUUUCAUUGCCUUCGCCUGCCACGUUGUCGUCGCCUGCGUCACUAUCGUCGACCGCAACCUCGCCCACGCCUGUGUCGUGGUACUUGCCUUCCCUGCCGCCGUCGCAUGCGCCUCUGUUUUCGUCCACCACGCCGUCGAAUCCUGCAUCACCGUUGUCGCUUGAAGUCCGAACCUGCCGACAUUGAAACUUCGCGUCGAGUUUCAAUGAAGCUUCGCGCUUAUCGCCAGGCCUGAACGAAGUGAUUUGUUCCCACUCUUCCUGCGCCGCCGGACAACGGAACCAAUUAUAAACCUACAAGAACAUCUACCUAGUAGUAAAAAUCAUGAAAAUAAACCCAACAAGCAGCCCAAUAAAAAGGCUAACGUAUAAGCCUUAAGCCCAAUAAACAGAAUCAGAAUUAAUAAAAACCCUAACCCCAAUUCACCAGAAUCAGAAUCGUCGACCUCUUUGUUCAUAUCAUACGCUCCGGUGAUUGUCUUAGAGAGAGAUAUGGCUCCUGUCGGACCUAGAAGAGGUAGGGAUGAUGUGGAUGGUAAACAGAAGAAAACGGUGAAAGAAACUUCUACUGUACACCGUCCGACUAGUAAGGCUUCUGUCGGAGCUAAAAGAGGUAGGGAUGAUGGGGAUGGUAAACCGAAGAAAACGGUGAAAGAAACUUCUACUGUACACCGUCCGCCUGAUGAGAAACUCACUGAUGAACAAAUUCAUGAAUAUUAUAGACAGUUCUUCCGCAGUCAGGGAUUCAUUGUUCCUGACUAUGGAGGUAGAUUGUGUGGCGGAGUUGGACCCUAUUCGAUGACUGAUAAGUAUAGGCAGAAACUUGUGAAGGAUAUGAUUCAGAAAAGCUUGCGAAUCUACAAUCGCAAAAAUAAGGUGAAUUUUGAGUUUGAUAAGCUUGUCAGCGUUAAUGCUGGUGCUGUUGCUGGCCUUAUGUUUUACAUUACUUUCAAUGCACGCUCUGGUGAUGAUGCACCUCAAACCUUUUACAGCAAAGUAUGGAAAACAUUCAAUGAUUAUAUCAAAGUCCAGUUCUGUGUGAUUGGUAAUGCGCAGGAUGCUGGUACUUCUCAGGCCUAAGUUGUGGAAUCUGAAUUUAGGUUCAUGUUCUAUUUGUGUGUUUAUGGUUUCUUCACGAAGGAAAACUCGGAUGUUAUAUAAUUUCAAUACUCAUGAAAUAGUGCAGUGUGUAUUAGCACAAUGAUAGACAUAACUGAGUGUGUAUUAGCACAAUGAUAGACAUAACUGACAUCUGAUGAGCACUGUUUACAGAUAUUAUGGAAUUUGUUAGUGUUCUAGCUUCUAUCAUUAA